UAAAACUGUAGUCACUGUUUCAAUAUGGCGGUCUUGUGUAAUGUUUGUAAAAUUAUUAGAUUGUUAUCUGUGGGUGAAAGAGAGUUCAACCGUGUUUGUAAGUAAUAUUAAAUUAUAUUUUACUGACGAAAGUUUGGUUAAGAUUACUUGUGCAUAAUAAUUUAUAAUUAUGUUCUAAACUUGGCCUGUAUCAAUAGUACUAGUACAGGCAUUCAAAUUCAAAUUUCAAUCGAUCAGAUACAGAGGUCCAACUCAGCCAAAGUCCAGUCCCCCCCCCUGAACAGCCAAGGUGGCCAUUUUGAAUGUUUUCAAGGAGUGACUGCCUCUUGUUAGUGCACUGUGUAGGAACAUGGCAACAGCAUUGCAAUGGACCAUUUGCAUUAUAGACUAAAUUUUGAUCUUGACAAAAAAUUUUAUCACAGCUUGAAAGAGCAUCACUAAAUUAGUAAUAUUCCAAAGUUUCGUUGCGAGAUGUUGUAAAAUGCGGAUAAUAUAGCCAUGCGAAGUUUGCAGUUUUUCAGUCAUUUUGUAUUACGCACAGGAAAUCGACAGCCCAAUCGGGUGUUGGGGCAUCAAUUUCCCGUUUGUAAUACAAAAUGACUGAAAAUUGAAAAUUUCGCAAGGCUAUAUUAUCCGCAUUUUACAACAUUUCGCAACGAAACUUUGGAGUAUUACUAAUUUUGUGAUGCUCUUUCAAGCUGUGAUGAAAUUUUUGUCAAGAUCAAAAUUUAGUCUAUAAUGCAAAUGGUCCAUUGUGAAUCAUGGUGUGACAUUGGUUAUGCUAUAACGCCAAAAGUGCAAGCAAUAUUAAAGUCUGACUUCAACCUCGAACCCAGGUUUUCAAGCCUGGGUUUGAGGUUGGUCUGACUUCUGUAUGUGUUUAUUCUGUGCCCUGGCUUUCAGUUCUAUAUUUUGAUGUUACAUAUGAUCAUGUGAAUUCCAGAUUAGAAGACUAGUACACAAACUAGUAAACCAUCCAAGCUUUGAACACUGUUUCUGUAAAUUUGAAAUUUGGUUGCUCCAGAAAAGAUCCACACUACACCCGCAGGAAAUUUCUGCUGUCCAAAGGGAGAAGGGAGGAAAAUUUGAUUUUGAUAAGAUUUGUAAGUGUAUUAAGACAUCUGAAGAGGGGGGGGUAGGAGGGUUAACUUCCAGUUUCUUCCGUGGGGGAAGUAUGUAUGUUCUCUGAAAUGACCCAAUUUGAAAUUAUGAUAUCUUACUGGACUUGAAAUUUUUUUUGCCACAGCCCCUUGCGAAUCUCUCAAAGUGGCAAAAUCACAAGCUAUAAAUAAUAUAUAUAAAAUCAAAAACAGUGGCAAAAUCUGAAGCUAUAAUAUAUAUAAAAUCCAAAACUGUAGUUGGCAUCAGGCUCAUUUCAACAUGUAACACUGCCUCAAAAAGUCGUCCAAGCACAGUUGGCGUCCCUGCCUGGGCAAAAGCAGCCAAUAAGAGACAAGCACAGGUUUUACUUCUGGAGAAAAAGAAAACACCGACACAAAUGCAGGCCGAAGUACGUCUUGCGGAUGUGAAAUCCAAUAAAUCUGAUUUUCUAACAACAAGUCGGGUUGGUGUUCAUAAACCUAAAGAGAAGACAACAGAUCAAGCAAAUAGGUUGGUAACGAGUUUAAAUUUUAAAAUAUUUUUAGUUGCCCAAGUGGCCUUGAAAUACUGACAUAAUUGUAUUUCCAUUUCUAAGAAUGACAUUAUCCACCAGUGGGGAAAUGUUUGUGUUCUACCAUGCAAAGCAAGAUUACCCAGUACAACAUUCCAAGGUACAGUAAAUGUUACCAUAAUUCAUUAGCAGGCUGAAAAAGCAAAACAAAAAUGAAUAGAGUGAAUAUAGAUUUAGAUUAAAACAUUCGAAACUACUCUUAAAAAUAUACUCAACACUAUACUUAGACUAUUUUACUUGUCGAUGGAAAAGUGCUGACGCUCGUUUGGUUAAUAAACUUCAGGGUUUUUUCAGUUAACCAUUGAUUAACCAUCUCACCCUAUUUGAAUUUGGAUACCAUUCCAGUUCUUAACAUAGUUCCUUCUUUUCAUAUCUUCAAUUUAUCAGGCUGUGAAUACAAUUGAAAUACCACAAGAGGAUUCAUCAUCAAAUGACAACACCAAUAGUUUAUCUGAAUCCCAGGUAUAAUAAGUAAAAUUUUCUCCGGAAUUAUUUGAGGACUUCACCAUUUACUUUUACUCAACUACCAGAAAAAUACAAAGAGAACUUCAAACGCUGAAGAUUUAAAGUUUGUUCGUUCACUGCAACCAGAUAUAUCAAUCAUGUUUUCGCUUGCUACUCUGGUUUAAAUAAAUGAUUACAAACCCAGUCGAAUUGUAAUCAAGACCCAACGUUUCAACACUCCAGUCUAGUGUCUUCAUCAGGGGUGAUCUAAAGUUGCAAUCAUGGCUUCUUAAAUACGGGAUGACGUCACCUGCCAAUGAGAUAGGGCUUUGUAAUAAUUUAUUUAAACCAGAGUAGCGAGCGAAAACAUGAUUCAAACGCUGAAGUGUUCUCCUUGUAUUUUUUGGGGUAGUUACAUCCCUAUCAAACGGAAGCUUUUUUAUUAUUGCCACUACUUAUAUUGACACAGACGGUUCAAGAUUAUUUACAUUCAUUGUGUUUUGGGUUGAUUUAGGUUGUUGAAAUCAAACUGUUGCAAAGACGUGACCCAAAGUUGUGGACCGUUGAUGUAUUGUCGGAUAUGUACAAAGUCAACCCUCUUGCUAUAAUGUAUGUUUUAGGGAAAACUAUCCAGUUUCAGUGUCUAUAUAUGGAGAACAGUUCUGCUCAGACAUCGCUUUCGCGUUCUAUUUUAUAAGACCAUGUUACACAAUCAAUUUUUUCUCUAAUUUGAAACGCAAUUUCUGAUAUAGACCCAUUGCGCAUGACGGUGACGAUGCAUCUGGACAGGGCGCUUAUAUAUAAGCGCCUUGCAUCUGGAGGACAAAUUAGCAAUCUAUGCAUAAUAUAACUUUUGUAAACAAGGCAAAUUUUGUAAAACUUUAUAAUAAUUUUGUAUUAAAAUGGUUAAUUUUAGCGAUGUAUGUGGUUGUUGUACCCGAACAGAUAUUGUUGGGGAGCAUCUGGAGGACACUCUAAGGAUUUGUGACGUCAGGGCAAUGGGUCUAUAGAGCCAUACAUAUGCAUAUAUCUUUAUUUCCUACUUUACAGCAAUGCUGCUCCUCUCAGUCCCGAUCAACAAUUGCACUUAGAAGUUGAACAAGAUUUCUUAGCAACGCUUUCGGAUUACGAGAAAAAGGAAUAUUCCUACUUUAAAAACAAUGUAAGAUUUCAUCUUAAAGCCCGGAGGACGAGAGUGCAUGAGAGUUGGCAGUCACGCGACCUUGGUUUAAUGUUUUCCCAACACUAUCAUGCAUUUUAUUGAAGUUAAAACAUAGUUGGAACACUCAUCAAACCUUUAUUUUGUUAAUCUAGAGCUUGAAAUGUCCUCUGUACUAAUAAUGCGUGACUGCCAACUCUCAUCAACUCUCGUCCCACGAAGAAGAUCCUGGGGACGAGGUUGCCGUCUCGUCCUCGUUUGACCGAGGCUUUACUCCUUUAGUCAUAUUUAAUCCUAUAAUUACAUAACCUCCUGUAGAAAGUUAAGUUUGUUUGUUUGUUUGUUUGUUUGUUUGUUUGUUUGUUUGUUUGUUUGUUUGUUUGUUUGUUUGUUUGUUUGUUUGUUUGUUUGUUUGUUUGUUUGUUUGUUUGUUUGUUUGUUUGUUUGUUUGUUUGUUUGUUUGUUUGUUUGUUUGCUUGUUUGUUUGUUUGUUUGUUUGUUUGUUUGUUUGUUUGUUUGUUUGUUUGUUUGUUUGUUUGUUUGUUUGUUUGUUUGCUUGUUUGUUUGUUUGUUUGUUUGUUUGUUUGUUUGUUUGUUUGUUUGUUUGUUUGUUUGUUUGUUUGUUUGUUUGUUUGUUUGUUUGUUUGUUUGUUUGUUUGUUUGUUUGUUUGUUUGUUUGUUUGUUUGUUUGUUUGUUUGAUUGUUUAUUGAUUUUUUUGUGUGUAUAUUUCUGCAUUUUUUAGGAAAGAAGAAAACAACUUCAAAAAAUAGGAAAAAAUAAAGUGAAAUGACUGAGAGAAUUGGAUGAGGAGGUUGUACCUGAUGGUAUAUGCGAGUCGACAAAAGAGAACUGAUGACAGUGGUAAACCCGUUUUAAUACUAGGAAAGUACUAGGGUAGUUCUCGCCGGAAUAACAUCGUCAUCGAUAAGAAAAUAAUCUUCGUCCAAAACUGAUAAGAAAAUAAGUCUUCGUCGAGGCAAAACCUUUCAAAAAAGAAUUCAAACUACACUGACGAAUACGUGUAUGUUUCUGUCGAUACUGUACGUGUCAAUAUAUGUUAUAUUUCUUAUUUUGUUUUAUUGGCAUUAUAAAACGAAAACAUUUGAGUUGACGAAAUGUCGAGUUUCGAUAAAUCACCAUGGCGAAUGCACAAUAUGGACGAAGUAUGCCACGGUUUAUUUGACGUCCCUUUUGUUUUAUUGGCAUUACUAAUAUUAUACUUAUAAUCAUAAGUAUAUGUUUGUUUUGUGUGUGUUUGUCUUUAAAAUUAUCAAAUGUAUUAAUACGAAAAUUUGUAGGACAAUGCCCAAGGACAAAUUAAUUAAAUUUUGGUUAAAUUUAGAUGAAUAUUAGAUGAGAAAUUAGUAGGUUUGUGUUGCUAAUGUCUUGCC